AUGACUGUCAAGGUUGAAUCAUUGACAGAUGAGUACAGCCCACCCGCGGCCGUGUCAUUCUUCGAUCCGUCCCUGAAGGAGGUUCGCCAACGAGUAUUCUACCAAUGGGCUCGCACUGUUUUGAUCAUAUGUAUCUUCGUAUUCGGGGUGCUCUCUCUUUUCUGGGGGUCCCAGUACAGCGUCGAAGCCAAUUACCCAGCGUUAAAGGUCUGGAUAGUUGAUUUUGACAGUCAAAUUGAUCCAUACCGCUCCACUGACGCAAUUGUCGGCCCCAAUGUCACUAAAGUCACCAAAGACCUCCUCCAGUCUGACAGCCCCCAGCUCGGCUAUAUUUUCAAACCUGCCUCCGACUUCGACUAUGACCUCUUGGCGGUGCGCCAGGGCAUCUAUGACGAGCAUGCCUACGCUGCCGUGAUCAUCAACCCCAACGCGACAGCGCUGCUGCGCGAUGCAGUUUCCAACGGCAAUACCGCCUAUGAUCCGACCGGCGCCAUCGACAUUAUCACCAUUUCUGCGCGCGAUCCAACAUCGUAUUCUAGCUAUAUCAACCCCAGCCUGGCAGUCUUGCAGAGUAUGGUGCUGGCGGAGUUCGGGCCGCAGUGGGCCCGCCAAUUAGUCUCAUCUACCACCAACCUCUCAUUGGUACCUCCGCAGGCGAUCAACCCGGGUAUCGGAUUCACGAAUAUCGACCUACGCCCCUUCGGACCGGCGGUAGCUACACCUGCUGUGACGGUUGGGCUGAUCUAUUUGAUAAUUAUUGCAUUCUUCAACUUCCCAUUCUUGAUGCCGAUUCAUGCUCAUUUCAUAAAACCAAAUGGGCAUCCACCGAUGAAAGUCCCCCACUGGAUCAUUUGGCGUAUUAUCUCCAGCAUCAUGGCGUACUUCUUCCUGUCGCUGUUCUAUUCGUUGGUUUCUCUGGCGUUACAGAUCCCAUUCAGCAAUCCCAGCGCAUCCGAUGUCGUGUCAGCGCAGAACCCAAAUGCCUAUGGUCGUGGAUCAUUCGUUGUCUUCUGGAUGUUGAACUGGGUCGGCAUGGCUGCUCUAGGAUUCCCGUGUGAGAAUAUGGCCAUGGUAAUGGGUUUCCCAUGGAGUGCCUUCUUCUUGAUCUUUUGGGUCAUUACGAAUGUUGCUACGGGUUUCUAUGCCAUCGAUUUGAUGCCAGGGUUCUACGGGUGGGGAUAUGCAUGGCCGUUGCAUCGAAUUGUUGAGGCGUUGCGAACCAUUUUAUUUGAUACCCACUCGCGCAUUGGAUUGGACUUUGGUGUUUUAUUCAUUUGGAUUGCAGUCUCUUUGGUGGUUUAUCCUUUUGCAACCCUUAUUAUGCAGUGGAAAAUGAAGAGAGGGCUCUGA